AUGGGCAAGUUCAUGAAACCCGGGAAGGCGGUGCUGGUUCUGGCCGGUCGCUACUCCGGACGUAAAGCGGUCAUCGUGAAGAACAUUGAUGACAGCACCUCAGACCGACCCUACAGCCACGCUCUGGUGGCUGAAAUUGAUCGCUAUCCCCGCAAAGUGACAGCUGCCAUGGGCAAGAAGAAAAUCGCCAAGAGGUCAAAGAUCAAGUCUUUUGUGAAAGUUUAUAAUUAUAAUCACCUCAUGCCCACACGGUACUCCGUGGAUAUCCCCUUGGAUAAAACUGUUGUCAACAAGGAUGUCUUCAGAGACCCUGCUCUCAAACGCAAGGCCCGACGAGAAGCAAAGGUCAAGUUUGAGGAGAGAUACAAGACGGGCAAGAACAAAUGGUUCUUCCAGAAGCUGCGGUUUUAG